AUGUCAUAUUCGAGCUCUCAAAUAAGCGAUUCAGUAGCGCCUUACCGAGAUAUUCGUCGUGUUCGAUUUGGAAUCUUGUCUCCAAUUGAAAUAUUACGAAUGUCAGUAACAGAUAAACCUAUUAUACAUCCAGAAUUAUUUGAAACAGGCACACGAAAACCAAAACUUCAAGGUCUAUCCGAUCCACGACAGGGACCAGUGGAUCGCCACUCGAGAUGUUUGACUUGUGCAGGAUCUUAUACCGAAUGUCCGGGACAUUUCGGCCAUAUAAAAUUGGUUAAACCUGUUUACCACAUCGGUUUUCUAGCAAAGAUAUUGAAAAUAUUACGAUGUAUUUGUUUUCGCUGUGGAAAAUUAUUAAUUGAUCCAAACGAUCCGAAACUGCUAGAGAUCGUUAAAAACACAAAAACUCAACGUCAUCGACGCUUAGAAUGGGUAGUUGCAGCAUGCAAAGGUAAAAAAAGAUGUCUAGACUCAAAUUCGAUUCUUGAAGGAAUCGAUGAACUUGACAAUCAAUUUACAAAUCAUUCCAAUGGUUGUGGACAACUACAGCCAACCUAUCGCCGAUCAGGCUUAGGAAUAAUAAUGAAGCUGAAAGGAAUCGAUAACGAAAACCAAACAGAUGGUACACGAUUAACAGCUGCACACGUUCUGGAAAUUUUUAAAUUGAUUCCUGAUUCUAUAUGUCGGAUACUUGGCAUGGAUCCUCAACACUCACGGCCUGAGUGGAUGAUUUUGACUGUCAUACCUGUUCCUCCUCCAUGUGUUCGACCAUCCGUAUUGAUAUUUGGCGAAUCAUCUGCUCAAGAUGAUUUAACAUAUAUUUUGGCAAACAUUAUCAAAGCAAAUAAUAUUUUGCACGAAGACGAACAAAAUGGCGUUUCUUCGCAUAUCAUCGAUGAGCAUUGGACAUAUUUACAAUAUUGUUGUGCAACAUUGAUCAACAAUGACAUUUCGAACAUACCGAAAAUGGCCCAUAAGACUGGUCGACCUUUGAAAUCAUUGUCAGAACGACUGAAAGGCAAAGAAGGUCGAAUUCGUUGUAAUCUAAUGGGCAAACGAGUAGAUUUCAGCGCACGAAGUGUCAUAACAGCUGAUCCUAACUUAGCCAUUGAUCAAGUUGGUGUACCGAAAUCGAUUGCGCAGAAUUUAACCGUUCCAGAAAUUGUCAAUCCGUUCAAUAGAGAAUGGCUACAGGAAAUGGUUUCAAAUCACACUGCUAAAUAUAUUAUUCUUGAAAAUGGAGAUCGAAUUAAUUUGGGAGUUCGUACUUCUGAUAUCUCAUUACGCUGUGGAUAUAUUGUCGAGCGGCCAAUGAUGGAUGAUGAUCUUGUUGUUUUCAAUCGACAGCCGUCGCUGCAUAAAGUGUCCAUGAUGGCACAUCGCGUGAAACUUUUGCCAUGGUCCACGUUUCGAUUAAAUUUAUCAGUUACAACCCCGUACAAUGCUGAUUUUGACGGUGACGAAAUGAACCUUCAUUUGCCACAAUCAAUAGAAGCUAAAGCUGAACUAUCCGAAUUAAUGACGGUUCCGCGCCUUCUCAUUACACCACAAUCUAAUCGACCAGUAAUGGGUAUUGUUCAGGAUGCAUUAACAGGUGUAACAAAAAUGACACGUCGCGAUGUCUUCAUUGAUAAAAAUGACCUGAUGAACUUGCUCAUGCUUAUACCAUCAUGGAACGGUAAAAUUCCACAACCAGCUAUUCUUAAACCUAAAUCAUUAUGGACCGGAAAGCAACUUAUUUCCCUAUUACUUCCACGAGACGUGAAUUGCGCUCGAACGUAUUCCGAGAGCGGAAGUUUCGACUGGAUUUCGUCAAGUGAUACAGACAUAUUAGUUGAAAAUGGACGACUGCUCUCUGGUAUUUUAUGUAAACGAACACUAGGAGCAAGUGCAGGUUCGUUGGGACAUAUUAUCUUUAUGGAAUGUGGAUACAAAAUAGCCGGCGAGUUUUAUUCAACGAUUCAAGUUUUAGUCAAUAAUUGGUUACUACUCGAAGGACAUUCCGUUGGUAUAAAUGAUGCAGUUAUUGACGAACCUACUACGAAGAUGAUUCUAGAACAAGUUCAACAAAAUGAGUAUAAAGUACAACAAUUGAUUGAAGACAUUCGUAGCGGCCAAAUAGCAUCAAAUUUGUCAUCGCGACGUCUAUUUGAAAAAGAAAUCAAUCAAAGUUUGAAUGAUGUGAAAGAUAAAGUUGGAUCACUUGCUCAGCAAUCGUUAUCGGAUUUCAAUCAAUUCAAAGCGAUGGUUACUAGUGGAGCCAAAGGUUCACUGAUUAAUAUCGCACAAAUCAUUGCUUGUGUCGGCCAACAAAAUGUUGAAGGGAAACGAAUUCCAUUCGGCUUUCAACAACGUUCGCUACCACACUUCUUCAAAGAAGAUCACGGCCCGAGAGCGCGUGGAUUUGUUGCAAAAUCCUAUUUGCAAGGUCUAACGCCUACAGAAUUCUUCUUUCAUGCCAUGGGCGGUCGAGAAGGUGUUAUCGAUACGGCUAUUAAAACAGCCGAAACUGGUUACAUUCAACGUCGUCUAGUUAAAACCAUGGAAUCGGUCAUGGUCAAAUACGACGGAACAGUUCGGAAUCAGCAUGAACAGGUGAUUCAGUUCAUUUACGGCGAAGAUGGUCUAGCCGGAGAACAUGUUGAGUUUCAAAAAAUCAUCUCAUUGAAGCCAUCUGAUAGUGUCUUUAAAGACCUGUGCAAAUUUGAUUUACCUGAUAAUGCGCAAGAUUUACAUGAAUUUUUAAACACUCACGUGAUCAAUGAUCUCUUCUCUAACGAUCGAUCUUUACAAAUCUUGGACAAUGAAUGGAAUCAAUUAUGCCAGGACCGGCAACAUCUUCGAGAAUUAUUUCUCCAUGGUAUUAACUCGCAAUUGAUUUUGCCAUGUAAUAUAGACCGAUUGAUUUAUAAUGCACAAAAACUAUUCCACAUUUCUAAACGAACAAAAUCGGACCUUUCGCCAAUCAAAAUUAUUGAUGACUUAAAAAAUUUAAUUCAACGUUUGACCGUUGUCAAAGGUGCCGAUUCACUUUCACAAGAAGCUCAACAAAAUGCCAUUUUGUUGAUGAGUACUCUUCUUCGAUCAUCUCUUUGCUCACAGCAAGUUCUCAAAAAACAUCAUCUGACUAGUGAGGCAUUUGAUUGGCUGUGCGGUGAAAUCGAGACGCGUUUUCAACAAGCACAAGUUCAUCCAGGGGAAUGUGUGGGUGUACUAGCAGCACAAUCGCUUGGUGAACCAGCAACUCAGAUGACGUUAAAUACGUUCCAUUACGCUGGUGUCUCAGCAAAAAAUGUGACACUUGGUGUUCCUCGUCUUCGAGAAAUCAUCGGUGUUUCGAAAAAACCUAGAACACCCUCGAUGACUAUUUACUUUAGUGAGGAAGUCGAAAAAGAUGUCGAGAAUUGUUUGGAAGUCUUAUCGAAUCUUGAGUGCUGUUCACUGAAGAAUAUCACUGUUAGCUCAAGUAUUUAUUAUGAUCCUGACCCAGCAAUUACCGUCAUUGAAAAAGAUCAAGAAUGGACGAGCAUUUACCAUGAAUUAGCUACUGAGAAUCAUUCGCAAAGAUCUCCGUGGCUAUUACGCAUUGAAUUGAACCGACAGAAAAUGAACCAGAAGAAAUUAACAAUGGAGCAAAUUGCUGGAACAGUUACAGACGCUCUUAACGGCUAUUACCACGUGAUUUACAAUGAUGACAAUUCAGAUAUACCUGUUCUGCAUGUCAGACUUACUAGUUUAAUGAAAGAUCUUAUUGAUGAAGAUAAUACAUCGGGAGAAAAUGGGAUUGGUAAAAUAGACGAAGAUACUAAUCUUCAAUUGCUCAAUAGAGAAAUAUUACCGACUUUACUACUGAAAGGUAAAGCAUUAAGUUUGACAAUUGCUAGAGUACCAUAUAUGAUUUUAUUUUGGAUAGGAUUUUCAUCAAUAUCGAAAGUAAAUCUCGUUGAAACAAAAAAGUUUCUCUCGAACACUUCUAAACAACGAUAUACUAUCUCGGAUAAAGGAUGUAUUGAAACAAUUGAUGAAUAUUGUGUUGUCACAGAUGGCACUGCACUUCAAAAGGUUCUUGGCACAAAAUACAUUGAUCAUCGCCGAACGUUUACAAAUGACCUCGUCGAAAUUUUCGAAGUUCUUGGUAUUGAAGCUGCACGCUCAGCAACUCAAUAUGAAUUGAAGCAAGUGAUGUCAUUCGAUGGGGCUUAUGUCAAUGCUCGUCAUAUAUCUCUACUAUGUGAUAUUAUGACAACAAGAGGACAACUAAUGUCAGCCACACGCCAUGGAAUUAAUCGGCAAGGUUGUAGUCCAAUUAUGAGAUCAACUUUUGAAGAAACUGUCAGCAUUCUUCUUCAAGCAGCAGCACAUGCCGAACUUGAUCCGUUAAAAGGCGUUUCAGAGAAUAUUAUGCUUGGUCAAUUGGCUAAAAUAGGCACAGGCGCAUUUGAUGUUCUCGUAGACGUAAGAAAGUGCAAUUUAGCAAUGGAAAUACCCAGCACAAAUAUCGAUACAUUUCAACUAGUCACGAACCAGUUUUUGAUUGCUAACACACCGUGGACAGAAUCAAUAGCCACUCCAGCAUAUCAAAUAGCUGAUUCUUCGACCAGAACAGCAUCUACACUAAACAUAAAUUAUCGGUACUCUCCAUCAUCGCCCAGUUAUACAUCAUUUCAAUCACCAAAUUCUUCGACAACACCAUCUUUCUACCGUCCUGCCAGUCCAUCGUAUACUUCAAUAACUAGCCCAGUUUAUUCAACCGGUCUAACGUCGCCAUUCUAUGCAUCGAGUAGCCCAGCAUAUCAUCCAACGACUCCUGUAUACAGAUCAUCUCAAUCAAACCCACCUUCUUCACCGCUGUACUCACCGAUGUCGCCGCGAAUUAGCUAUUCAAGUGCAACGUCACCAAUGUAUUCACCAACAUCACCACAAAUGUAUAGUCAAACGUCAUCUGUUUACCGACCGAACGUCGCUUCACCUCUUUAUCCACAAUCGCCAAACUACAGUCCCAAUUUUUCCACAGAUGGUGCUGACGAUUUCAUAUAA